AUGGACGAGAAACACGCGCCGAUGCCGCCGCCGAUCCGUCGUGGCCUCAGCCCGACCCGGCUGAUCCUGGCCGUCAGCUACCUGUCGCUCGCCGCCGUCACCUACUGGUACUUUCUGACACACGCCGCGAUCCGCUCCCUGGCCCCGUUGAACCCGCCUCCGUCUGCCGCAUCCCUCGACCUCGUCCCGCUCGAAGCGCACAUCAUGAGCAAGUGCCCCGACGCAAAGGACUGCCUGCGCGACCUGGUGCUGCCUGCGAUGCAGAAGGUCCACGACAAGGUCAACUUCACGCUGUCGUUCAUAGGAAGUCCGACAGACAGUGAUGACGGCGUCGCCUGCAAACACGGGCCGGAGGAGUGCCUCGGCAACAUCAUCGAGCUCUGCGCGCAGAGGCUCUACCCCGACGCCAAGACGUUCCUCGGCUUCACCAUGUGCCUGACGCGCGAUUACAAGCACAUACCGCAGCGCAGCCUGGUCGAGGACUGCGCGCUGGAGCACGCCAUCGACUUUAGCAAGCUCAACGACGGACGGCGGAGGCCGGCGUGA